AUGUCAGGUGACUACGUGCUGGUGUACGCGAUGCAAGGCGCGCUAGGCAAUGCUCUUGCAUGGAAUUAUAUAACACUGGAGAAGUAUGUGUGGACUACUUCUUUGUACACAACUUUCGGUAUAAUGCUACUCGAAGAACUUAAGAAUACCAAUCACAACGUUAUGUUACAUCGACGCACUCAACGUAAAAUACCUCAAGACUUCAAAGAUAAAUUAUUGCCACCGUCGAAACGCCUGAAAACCACAAAGAGUGCAGAAGAUGAGGAUCUCAGUUCUCGAUGUCCCUCCGAUGAUGAGGAAUUACCUUUAUCACCACGAAGUCGAAGCCCAAUUCAUCUUAGAAAAACUGAAAUUCUUGAUUCGGAAGAAGAUGAAGGAGAAGACGAAGUGGAUCAGAUUGGGGCUCCCAGAGUGACGGAAUUGGAGAGUGCAUUACCACCAGUUGACAUUGAUAAAAAUGCAAUUGCUAAAUAUGAAGCAAUGCGUGCGGAGGUUGAUGACCUCCCGGAUGAUCUCAAGUCGAGAUUAAGUGGGAGGACGUGGGAGAGGGGUAAAAGCAGUAUUUAUAGUGAUGCUUUCAACCUUGCAUUGGAAACUGUCUUGGAGGAUGAAGGACAUCUAUUUGAUGAGAAGGAAAUGGAUGUUUUCAACCAAUGGAGAGAGUUGGAUUAUGAGGCUCAGUACUUAACUUUAGAUGAAGCAUUAUCUUUACUGAAUCUAGACGAGCUAAAGGGUCUUGCAAAAGAGCUUAAGGUUCAAGGGAAAAACAAAGCCGAUAUACUGAAAGCACUCCGUGAAACAAGUCAACGUCAAAGUGGCCUUGGCUAUGUUGGUCUGAAAAGAGCCGACAGCAUGUCAACAUCGAUACCAACGACUCCAGAUGGAUCCAUCCCCGAAGAAGAAGACGAUAGUCUCGAUCAUGUGAACAGAGAUGUUCAUUUCCUAAGAAAGGUCAUGGCUAUAACAGGACCUUGUAUACGACUUUCCCUCCCAGCCUUGAACUUAUUCGAGCGAGUUCAUCUCGUUUUCUAUAGAUCAACUGAGUGGACUGAUAAAUCCCUCACAACCAUUAUCCUUGCCAGAAUCUCCCGUCGCAACUUUCCUAGCUAUAUUGUCUCCCGUUCUACCAACAUAUUCCCCUAUCGCUCCAUCCUCCUUGAAUUCGAAGCCUCAAUAAGAACUCAAUAUCGCGUCGAUAAGAUCCUCGAAUACAGUAACCGGGGCAAAGCCGGGCUGGACGAAGUAAUGGAAAUCUUCGAAGAAGUAUAUCCCCGUUGGAAAGUUCUCCUAGCAGAAGAACAACGCAAAGAAGAUAGCAUAUACGAAAGUGGUGAAGGGGCUUACCUUCGUCGUUUUUCUCCUGCUUGGGUAUACACACGAAUUGUGCACAAAGGCCUAUACGUUUUCGGCCGUUUCAAAGACCAUGAAAAGGAACACGCAAUUCUCACCGAACUCCUCAAUCAAAAACUUUUCCAUUCAGCCAAGCGAGGUGCAUGGUACCAACGAAAGGCCCUCCUUGAAGAACACUACAUGUGCACUCUUCAACCAGUCCUUGGAAUCAACGAUACCGAGCAACAAAAACGCCUCUGGAAACGCACAUCACUUCGUACUUGCGAACAAGGACUCCAAGAUAGAUAUUGCCACGCCAUCUACCACUACGACCUCCAAAAACGCAUUCGAAAACUCGAGAAAAAUCUCAAGAUUCCCAAAAGAGAAAAACAUGAAUUUGAUCACGCACUCCUCACAAAACCCCUCGAAAUAACCAUCCAAGGAAUCCAAAUCAAAAAACAAUACCUAACACCCACCACACUCCGUCGUCGAUUCAGCACCCCAAAUGGAAUGGAAGAGCGUCAACGCAGCACCAAAACGAUCUGGAUAGAUGAAUAUGAAGGAAACGGCACAUCCGAAUGUUCCGUCGAGGAACUAUGUUUAAGUUAUUAUCGCAGCCAAGGGCUAAAGGGAUACCACUCCGAAGGCGGCAUCCUACGCACUCUAUUCGCGUAUCUAUUCUUCGACAUCCUCUUCCUCUACAUCCCCAAUGUCUUCCAAACCCAGUACCAAACUUGUCCCCUAGACCUCCACACAGAUGCAUUUUUCGCAGCAAGAGCAUCAGAGAUUAAUCAUCGCAUUGUAGAGAUUGAAAAUGGCAAGGCGGCGGAAAUUAUUAGAGGGGUGUGGGAAAGCGAGGCGGAUAAACGAACUUGCGUUGUAGGUUUAAGGUGGGAGUUCGAUGUGCAUGAUUUACAGGAAAUUGUGGAUGCCUUUGGUGGCGCAGGACUGGGGAAAGUCAUGAGAGUUAUGGCUGAGGAGUAUAGGGUGAGAGGGGGAGGAGUACCAGAUUUGUUUUUGUGGGAUGUGGGAGAGGCGAAGGAUGAGCCGAAGGAUGAGCAGAACGACAAAACGAAGAACAACUCAAACAAAAUCAACACCAAACCACAAACCAAACAAAGAAAAAAAGAAGUCAGAUUCGUAGAGGUAAAAAGCGGGAAUGAUCGCUUAAGUGAUACUCAACGCAUGUGGAUUCAUGUCUUAAUGGGCGCGGGUAUAAGAGUAGAACUCUGUAAUGUGGUUGCGAGGGAAGUGAGGAUUAUUGAUGCGGGAUAG